AUGUCAAAUGAUUCACCUAAUUCAAACAAAUCCAAGGCUACUAGAAAACAACCCGAUCUUCGACAAUUCUUGUCUAAAAGAAAGAAACUCCAUGAAAAUGAGUCAAAUAACUCCCCUUCAUUAAGCCCCCCUCAAAGUCAAGAAGAUGAUAUGGAAAUGGGUGGUUCAAGUACUUGUAAUGUACCAUUGGAGGAAAAUUUGGUAUACGAUGUUGAACUUCUUCCUCAUGAUCCGGGAAAAAGAAUAAACAUAAUGGAUUACCCCGCAAAUGAACGAAAUGCAGUUAGGAGGGGUUAUAUUCUUAAAAAACCUUGCCAACCAAAAACUCAUGACUUUCCUCAAAGACAAGUGUCUGGUUUACGUCGCUUUAGUGUUCAUUGGUUCAAGAAAUGGGAUUGGCUUGAGUAUAGUAUUGAAAAAGAUGCUGCAUUUUGUUUUGUAUGUUACUUGUUCAAGAAUGAAGUUGAUAGUUAUUCGGGGGGUGAUGCAUUUGUUGAUGGAGGGUUUAGGACAUGGAAUAAACCGGAAAGAUUUGAGAAGCAUGUUGGUGGAAUUAACAGUGCUCAUAAUCUUGCUUAUGAGAAAUAUGUGAAUUUAAGAGAUGGAAAAAAAAAAAUCAAUCUUGAAUGUUUGGCAUUUCGUGGACAUGAUGAAAGCGGGGAGUCAUAUAAUAGGGGUAAUUUCCUUGAGCUUUUGAAAUGGUUAGGAGAAAAGGUUGAGGAAGUAAGACAACAUACUCUUGAAAAAGCACCUAAAAAUUGUCAAAUGAUUUCCCCUUCUAUUCAAAAGGACAUUAUUAAUUGUUGUGCCAAAGAAACAACUAGGUGCAUAAUAGAAGAAGUUGGUGAUGAUUACUUUGCCAUAUUAGCCGAUGAGUCAAGUGAUGUGUCCCAAAAAGAACAACUAGCUCUUGUUUUGCGCUUUGUUAAUAGAGAUAGUGGAAAGGUAAUGGAGCGAUUUUUAGGCAUUGUUCAUGUUGGUAAUACUACCGCUUUAACUCUUAAAGAUGCAAUCAUGUCUUUACUUGUUGAACAUUCAUUGAGUCCAUCUAUGAUAAGGGGGCAAGGGUACGAUGGAGCUAGCAACAUGAAAGGUGAAAUAAAUGGUCUUAAGACUUUGAUUAUGAAUGAUACUCCAAGUGCCUACUACGUACAUUGUUUUGCUCAUCAACUUCAACUAACACUAGUUGCCGUUGCUAAAAAGAAUGAUAGUUGUGGUUGGCUUUUUGAGAUACUUGCAAAUUUAUUGAAUGUGGUUGGAGUUUCUUGCAAAAGAAGAGAAAUGAUUCGACAAGAUCAAGCUGAAGAAGUUGCUCGAGCAUUGGAUGUAGGGGAUAUUGUGAGUGGAUCGGGUUUAAAUCAAGAACUUGGUUUGAAAAGGCCCGGGGAUACUCGUUGGAGUUCUUAUUACAAGUCUAUUUCAAACAUCAUCCUCUUAUUUCCUACAAUUGUUAAGGUACUUGUACACAUUGGGAAGCAUGGUGUAUCGGAAGAUAAGUUCAAAGCUCAAAUUGUUUUAGGACAGUUAGAGUCAUUUGACUUUGUUUUUAUUGCUCACUUGAUGUUGACUAUUUUUGGUUACACUAACGAUUUGUGUGUUGCUUUGCAAAGAAAGGAGCAAGAUAUUGUAAAUGCCAUGGAACUUGUCACUUACACAAAAUUGGUGUUGCAAAAAAUGAGGGAGCAAGGAUGGGAUACUCUCUUAAACAAGGUAACUUCAUUUUGUGCUAAACAUGGUAUUGUUGUUCCCACUAUGGAUUCUCCUUAUGUUCCUCAAGGAAGAUCAAGACGUUUUGUUGAAGAAGCAACAAAUGAACAUCAUUUUCGGGUUGGAAUUUUUGUAAGAGUGAUUGAUUUGCAUCUUCAAGAACUUGAUGAUCGAUUUAAUGAGAGGAAUAUGGAGAUACUAAUAUGUAUGGCUUGUUUAAGUCCUAAAGAUAACUUCUCAUCCUUUGAUAAAGAUAAGGUACUUAAACUUGCCUCUUUUUAUCCCGAAGAAUUUUCAAGCUUUGAUUUGAUGGCUCUUGAAUGUCAACUUGAUAUAUUCAUGGAGAAUAUGCUAAAUGAUGAUAGAUUUCAAGGUUUAAAUGACCUUAACUCUCUUUCUAUGAUGCUUGUUAAAACUAAUAAGCAUAAGACUUUUCCUCUUAUUCAUUUGCUUAUCAAGUUGAUGUUGAUUCUUCCGGUUGCCACGACAAGUGUUGAAAGAGUCUUUUCCGCAGUGACAUGUGUCAAAAAUAAGUUGCGAAAUAGCAUGGGUGAUCAACUUAUGAAUGAUUGUUUGGUCACUUUUAUUGAGAAGGAUGUCUUCCUAAGAGUUUCCGAUGAAAAAAUUGUUGAUCGCUUCCAAAAUAUGAAGACUCGAAGGAUGAAAGUGUAA